GCCAAGAGCGCGCCGGCGGCCACUUCGCGAGGCGGGCCACGGCGCUGGAGCUGGCCACGCAGGAGCGCCGCGACGUCCAGCAGGACGAGAGAGCACGCCUGCGCGACCAGCGCUUCGAGUGGCGGCGCCUCUUGGCCACCCUGCUCGGGAGGCGCGAGAUGUCGCGGCGCGCGGGCAGGGCCCGCGGGGCGGAGCGCUGCAGCAGCAAGAUCGCCGAGCUGACGCAGAAGGCCGACGACACCCAGCUCAACCUCAUCUACGACGAGAACGAGGGGGUCGAUCUCGGCCGCUGGAAGGAGCCACGCGCAGGCCCCCAGGAACUCCCCGACGACGAGGUGGCGCCCAUCGCCCUGAUCGCGGAGCGCUGCCAGUCGA